UGUGUUUGGACGCCUAAGUCUUGUUUUCGACGUCGCUCGUUCUGUGCCACUGCGCCUGCCACCAUCGUUCGUCGCGCCUGCGCCCACAGGUGCGUCCUCACCUUUCGCUACUGCCGUGCAAUCCAGCCCUGUGCUGCCAAAUUCUCCCCAAACAUCACCUGCUACGCCGCUCGCUGUCCGAGGCCCUACGCCUCACACCUCGCCCGGCCUCCCAUUUCUGACGCUCGUUUGCCCGUGGGUCUGCCACCCUCUGCUGAGGCCGUGAGCUUUGUUCGUGGUCAGGGCGACUUCGCCAGACGGCCGCUUGACAGCAUCAUGUCUCUACCACAGCGGCCCAACGCUACUUCCCCGAAGCACGACCAGCGACAUGUCUACCGAGACUCUCCCUCGCGUCGCCGGCGGCCCUCCGACCUCGAAGGCCGCCACCAGUCCAGCUCUUCCUACCCGAAACCUCCUCCAUCGCCAGGAACUCCAGGAACGCCCGGCCAGCGAGAUCGAGAUCGAGAUCCGAUCAUGUCUGCACAAAGGGGCGGGGGAAGCAGUGAUCUGGGGAGGAAACGCAGCCUCAUCAGGCCGGAGCGCAACCGUAUUGAUCCCGACCACCCUAAUUAUUACUACCGAAAACAUGCCCAAAACAUGGCUGUACAGCCUUCAACAACCGGAAAUGAGCCAGCGAUGGAGGAUCCCAUUGAAGCCGAGACCAUCAGCUCCGAAAGCACGUACAUGAAACCGGCACAGCACGCCCACCACAACUCCUCGGCCCAAUACACCGACAAGUCUGCUCCCUUGGACGAUGACACUUUCUUCGAAAGCCGCCCACAGCGGAAACUCACAAGAAGUAAGACCAUGGAGAAUCUCGAAAAGCAGCGUCAGAAGGACAGAGACUCUGUGCGGCCACCCAGUCUUUGGAAUGUCUACUGUGCCGUUAUCACCUUCUGGGCCCCCGAUGCCAUUCUGCGCUGUUUCGGAAAGGUGCAGAAGGCACAGCAACGCGCCUGGAGGGAAAAGAUGGGCCUCGUCAGUAUCAUCCUCUUGAUCUGUACAUUCGUCGGAUAUCUCACCUUCGGCUUUACCGCGACGGUAUGCCCGAAUGGAGGAGGGGAACGAUUGAGAAUCAACCAUGUCGACGCAGGAUUCAUGAUUAUCCACGGUCAAGCAUACGAUCUCGCUGAGUCUCAGCAUCCAUGGGUCAGGGGCAUUCCCGAAAACGCCAAUGUUCUCUUCGACUUGCCCGAGAAGCAUGGAGGACAGGAUGGAAGCUUCCUGUUCCAAAAUGUCAAUGGUGCCUGCAAAGGUUUGAUCACUCUGGCUGAUGGUUCUGACGUGCCGACAAACGACAAUAAGGAUCUGGCCUGGUACUUUCCCUGCAAUACAUUCAAUCAGGAUGGAUCCAGUAAACCUAAUAUGUCAUACCCUUAUUAUUUGGGUUACGCAUGCCACACUUCUGCCAAGUCUCGCGAUGCUUUCUGGGAUCUCUCAUCAGCCGGUGACGUCUUUUUUACCUGGGACGACAUCAGAAACUCAAGCAGAAAUCUGAUGGUAUGGGGCUCAGACGUACUGGACCUGGAUCUUCUCAACUGGUUCAACAAAACCCAGGUCAACAUCCCGUCUAAAUUUGAUGAGAUCCGGACCAAUCCUGCGGUUCGCGGUAUAGAUGUCACUCGGUCAUUCUCCUCGAGCUACGAGAAGCAAGUUGCGCGAUGCUUCACCGAGAUCAUCAAGGUCGGAUCCAUUGAUACGGCCACAAUCGGAUGCAUUGCCUCUAAGGUCGUCCUCUACGUUUCGCUCGUAUUCAUUCUCGCUAUCGUUAUUGCCAAAUUUAUUUUAGCGCUUUCAUUCCAGUGGUUUCUCAGCAAGAAAUUCGCAGCUGAUAAAACCUCACUUGGGGCGGAUUCAAAGAAGAGAAAACAACAGAUUGAAGAAUGGAGUGAUGAUAUUUAUCGCCCCCCGCCAAAGCUCAACGACCCUGCCGGUACUCCUGAUAGGUCUAGCAAACGCGGUAGCCAGUUCUUCCCAACCCAGUCCAGGUUCACCAGCCCUUACGCAGUCGAGAAGUUGUCAGCAAAAAACCGCCCACCUCCAACUACCAUGACGAGUCAAAGUUCCACUGCUCGUCUCCUUUCCGCGAAUCCAAUGUACAGCAGAAUCAACAAUAGUCAAGGCACUUUACCAACCUUUGAUGGGAAGACGUCAAUGGGUGAGAGCAGAUCUAGUGUAAUGCUUUCAGGGACCACCGAACAAAGAUACUCAAGCGCGAUGGGCGAAAGUGAAGGCCCCGGCCCCGCCGGAUUCAUUCACGAAGCUGUUGUUCCUCAACCACCUCCGGAAUGGCAACCUUUCGGCUACCCGCUAGCUCACGCAAUUUGUCUCGUUACCGCCUACUCUGAAGGUGCUGAUGGUCUUCGAACAACUCUAGACUCAGUUGCUGUUACGGAUUACCCAAAUAGUCAUAAGCUCCUCCUAGUCAUCUGCGAUGGUAUGAUCAAAGGCAAAGGAGAGGAGCUGUCAACUCCAGACAUCGCCCUUGGCAUGAUGAAGGACCACGCCAUUCUCCCGCAUGAAGUUCAGGCGUUCUCAUACGUCGCUGUAGCUAGCGGGUCGAAGCGACACAAUAUGGCUAAGAUCUACUCUGGAUUCUACGAUUACGGUGACAACUCUUCGAUCCCCAUCGAGAAGCAGCACCGCGUUCCAAUGAUGGUGGUUGUCAAGACGGGAACUCCGGACGAGGCUAAGAAGAGCAAGCCUGGAAACCGCGGCAAGCGAGACAGCCAGAUCAUCUUGAUGUCAUUCCUGCAGAAGGUCAUGUUCGACGAGCGUAUGACGGAACUCGAGUUUGAAAUGUUCAACGGUAUCUGGAAGAUUACUGGCAUAUCGCCCGACUUUUACGAGAUUGUGCUCAUGGUGGAUGCCGAUACAAAGGUGUUCAACGACAGCUUGACGCACAUGGUGUCGGCAAUGGUCAAGGACCCCGAAAUCAUGGGACUUUGCGGCGAAACCAAGAUUGCCAAUAAGCGAGAGUCGUGGGUGUCGAUGAUCCAGGUGUUUGAGUACUUCAUCUCCCAUCACUUGUCAAAGUCGUUCGAGUCAGUAUUCGGCGGUGUAACCUGUCUGCCCGGGUGCUUCUGCAUGUAUCGCAUCAAGGCUCCCAAGGGCGGGCAAAACUACUGGGUCCCGAUCCUGGCCAACCCGGAUGUGGUCGAGCAUUACUCGGAAAACGUGGUGGACACGUUGCACAAGAAGAAUCUGCUUCUUCUAGGCGAGGACCGAUACCUGUCGACAUUAAUGCUGAAGACGUUCCCCAAGCGGAAGCAGGUGUUUGUUCCGCAGGCCGUGUGCAAGACGACGGUGCCUGAGAAGUUCAGCGUGCUCCUCUCGCAGCGCAGGCGAUGGAUCAACAGCACGGUCCACAACCUGAUGGAGCUAGUGCUUGUGCGUGAUCUCUGCGGCACUUUCUGCUUUAGCAUGCAGUUUGUCGUGUUCAUUGAGCUGGUGGGGACGCUCGUCCUCCCAGCUGCCAUUGCUUUCACUCUUUACCUCAUUGCGAUCUCGAUCAAGGCGGCCAUCGAGCACACCGCGGCGCCCGUGAUCCCUCUAGUCCUGCUCGCGCUCAUUCUAGGUCUGCCGGCGGUUCUCAUUGUCCUGACAGCACACCGGUGGUCGUACGUGGCGUGGAUGCUGGUCUACCUCUGCUCGCUACCGAUCUGGAAUUUUGUGCUGCCGACGUACUCGUACUGGAAGUUUGACGACUUCAGCUGGGGCGACACGCGCAAGACGGCGGGGGAGAAGACGAAGAAGGGGGGCCUGGAGUAUGAGGGCGAGUUUGACAGCAGCAAGAUCACGAUGCGACGGUGGCAUGACUUCGAGGCCGAACGCAGGCUCAAGGCGCCGAGCGGAGGCAACGGGUGGUCGCAGCAGUCGACGACGGCGGGCACCUGGCCCCUGCAACAGCAUGGAAGCGACUCGUACUUUGAGAACUGAGGUCCCGGGCCUGGUGGCGUCGGGAGGCGAAGACAGCACGGACGGGAGAGGAGCCGCGGAGGGAGCUGUCGCAUUACUGUAUUACCGUGGCCGUGGUUGUUCUGCAUUGCUCGGGGUUAUGUCUGCAUUGAUAGGCCUGGGCGGCGUUUUUGGAUCCCUGUAGAUGGAGGUUCUGCUCGGCAGCCCCUGUACAGCGGGCGCGUCUUUUUCAAUGGUAAUGGGUGCUAGACGGCUGCUGUGCCUGUGCCGUGAUGCAUCGUGAUGCGCUGGAGUGAUGUGAGGCCGCCGCUCUACUGGGUUGUUACCUCGUCCGGCUGGGGUGCUGCCUGACGUGCGGGGCAUGGAAAAGGUGGUAUUUCAAUCCUACAGCAAGCUGUCAUGUGUGUACAUCUAUCUACCACUGCGUGGGGUGCUUCAAUGCAUUUCCAGGAAUCCGAUAGAACCCCUUCGCUU